AUGUUUGCCGCUUUUGCCGCCGUAACGUUGUCCAUCAUCGCCACUCCCGCGGGGACAUGCAGCAUGCCGACCUCGCUCACGGGUGCCCUCACUGAUGGAACUAACCUGGAUGGCGCAAUUGAUGUGGCCGUUUCGGGAUCCUACGCGUAUGUGGUCUCGUUUAACAACGACAGGCUGUCAGUUGUGGACAUCUCUGAUCCCACCAGCCCAACAAUGGUGGGAGGCCUUGUGGACAACACCGACCUUCAUGGUGCGCAAGCUGUCAAAGUUGUGGGCAAUUAUGCUUACGUUGCCGCCUACACCUCGGAUUCUCUGGCCAUCAUCGAUGUCAGCAACCCGACCAGCCCCUCGAAGGUGGGCAGCCUCAAUACGUCACCCUCCGGUGACAUGAAUGGGGCUCAUGGUUUAGAUGUGGCUGGCAAUUAUGCUUACGUGGCCAGCAGGCUCAAGAGUUCCCUGACCAUCAUUGAUGUUUCCGACAAAACCAACCCUACCAAAGUGGGCUACCUUUGGGACAGCCCGCGCUUUACUUGGGCCCGUGAUGUCGCCGUCUCCGGCAACUACGCCUACGUGGUGGCAUACUCACAAUCCUAUGUCGCCGUGGUGGAUGUUAGUGAUCCCACAAGCCCGGCCAUUGUUGGUGAAGUGCAAGAUACCACAAACAUGGGUGGCGCUUGGGCAAUUGCUUUGUCAGGAAACACUGCCUUUGUGACGGCUCAAUCUAGCGACAACAUCGUUUCGGUCGACAUCUCCACGGCUGCCAGCCCUACCAUCCAAGAUUAUCAGGGAGAUGCGGCUCUAAACGACCUCCGCGCUUUGGCCGUGGACGGGUCAACGGCCUAUGUGAGCUCCUAUACCACACAUUCCGUCGUGGCGGUGGACGUUUCAGAUCCCUCAAGCAUGCAGGUGCAAGGUUCCAUCACGGACUCCACAAACUUGAAUAAUGCCUUGGGCCUCACUGUUGACAGCAACUAUGUCUACGUGGUGGCCGACACCAAGCUAGUAAUCAUGGACAAGUGCAUGGCAUCGUCUACAUCAACUUCAUCCCGAUCGACAUCCACAUCUGUGUCCACGACCGACUCAACACAGACAGUGACGUCAACAUCUUCCACUUCGGGAUCAUCCACGUGGACCUCAUCUACUACUGGAUCAUCCACGUCAUCUACUUCGGCGUCAUCCACUUUAACCUCAUCUACUUCGGGAUCAUCCACAUCAUCUACUUCGGGAUCAUCCACGUUGACCUCAUCUACGUCAUCUACUUCGGGAUCAUCCACUUUAACCUCAUCUACUUCGGGAUCAUCCACAUCAUCCACUUCGGGAUCAUCCACCUUGACCUCAUCCACUUCGGGAUCAUCCACGUUGACAUCAUCCACGAUGAUUUCAUCCACUUCGGCAUCGUCCACGUUGACCUCAUCCACGAUGAUUUCAUCCACUUCGGCAUCGUCCACGUUGACCUCAUCCACUUCGGGAUCAUCAACGUUGGCCUCAUCCGUUUUGGAAUCAACAACCACUGUGGUUCAGGACUUGCUUGAAGGAGAUGGCGCGGAUAGUGCAACCUUUGACACCCCACUCUUUUUGCUAGUUGUCGGCGCUGUGAUCGUUGUGGUUGGCCUCGUUCUCCUUGGCUGUUGGCAGUUGUCGCGCCAGGCACCGGAGGGCAACAGUUCCCAGCCGCCAGAUGAGGUGAGAGUUUGA